UGCUCCCCUGUUCAGCUCUCAGCUCAGCAUGGUGCCAUCAAGCCUUUCUCCCUCAUUGUUCCACAACUUAGAAAAAGAAGAGGAAAAGCACAAAAGCAGUUGCAAACAUGCAUGAUAACAAAUUCCAAUAAUUUACUGAGGAGCCUGAAGCAGGCAGGCAGCUACACAGACCUAAGUCUGUUGCUGCUGAUGCUGGCGUUGUUAGUAGCCACGGGAGAAACCUCACUCCCAAACCCAGACCCGAUAUGAUGCUUUUAUUUGCUUCUCUUUGGCUCUGCCUUGUCCUUUGUACUGGUACGGAGAGUUCUAAAGCCUGCCAAUGUCACUGUACCUGUCCACUAGACAAGUCUAUGAGAGGGUCAAGACAUCUGCACCCCUUCAAGCCCAGCUACAGAUCUCGAAGUUCCAGACUCCGACUGGAUGAAUCACCCCCUCUGAUAAUUGAACAUCCGACUGACCUGGCUGUCUGCAGGGGAGAGCCUGCUACCUUGAACUGUCGGGCAGAGGGGAAGCCUCCACCGGUCAUCGAGUGGUACAAGAAUGGUGAACGGGUGGAGACGAGCGAAGAUGACCCUCAGUCCCAGCGCACUCUUCUACCACAUGGCUCCCUCUUCUUCUAUCAGUUAAACCAGGGACGCAAAGGGAAAUCUGAUGAGGGUAUAUAUACAUGUGUGGCACGUAACCGCCUGGGAUAUGUCGUAAGCAAGAAUGCAUCACUUUAUGUGGCAUCCUUGCGGGAUGACUUUAGACUGCAGCCAAGUGAUGUAGUGGUGGCCUUGGGUGAACAGGCAGAAAUACAGUGCUUGCCACCUCGAGGCUACCCAGAGCCCACCGUCACAUGGAAGAAGAAUGGGGCACCUCUGAAUGUAAAAGACGACCGUUACAGAAUCACUGUUGGCAAGCUCAUCAUUUCCCAGACUCACUGGAGUGACUCGGGAGUGUACAUCUGCAUAGCGAUGAAUAAAGUGGGACGGCGGGAGAGCAGGGCUGCACGUAUGUCCAUAUUAGAAAAGCCGACCUUUGUCCUGAGGCCGAGUGAUGUGACAGUAACAGCUGGGGAUACCGUGACAUUUCCCUGUGAGGUCCGUGGUGAUCCAAUGCCACGUGUACACUGGCUGAAGGAAAAUGGUGACCUUCCCACAGGGAGGUACGAGGUGAACUCUGACAACACAAUAACGAUACACUACACUACUCUCAAUGAUGCAGGCCACUACACCUGCCUAGCAGAAAAUCUGGUGGGUGCAGCCUCUGUGUCCAUCUCCCUCUUUGUGCAAGAUGCUGUUGAUUCUGGCCAGAGAGACAAGGAGAAAGACACUCAUCGGGAGUUGUUGGAUGUUAGGAUUUACCUUGACAACGUUACUGUUCUUCCAUCAUCUGCACAUGUCUAUCUCCACUGGAAGGUUAUUUCCCCAUCCCAAUACAUCGAAGGAUUUAUGGUUUCCUUUCGUUCUCUGCUACCUCUGAGUGUGGAAUGGAUGGAGCAGCAGGUUGCCCAGCCCCUUGAGAGGAGCAUGGUCCUGACUUCCCUAAAGAGGGGCUACAUGUACGAGUUCAAGAUUCAGGCAUACAGUGGCAGAUUCCGCAGUCCAGACAGCAAUACAAAGCAUGGAAAGGUUCCCGAGGAAGUGCCGGAUGCUGCUCCCCACAGUGUGAUUGUAGCAACGACGGAAAGUAGGAAUGGCAGCAUUGUGAUCAGCUGGGAACCCCCUCCUCCUGAGUCACACAACGGCAUCAUUAAAGGUUACAAGGUUUGGUGUUUUGGAAAUGAGACUCAACAUCACAGAAAUUGGACAGUGGAUGGCAGUACACACCGCCUGGAGAUUCCUGCACUGAAUUCUGGGAUUGAAUACCAUGUGCAGAUUGCAGCCAUCAAUGGUGCUGGAGUUGGAGUACACACCAAACCACAAUCUGUCUAUCUAGACCCUUCAGCUCAGGAAAAGUCAAUGGAGUCUUCGAUCCUUGGACUGGUGCUGGAGAUUGUGAAGCAGCCAGUUUUCAUUGCGAGUGCUGGGAGUGUUCUCUGGGUCAUCCUGAUGAUUUUCAGCGCGUGUUUGUACUGGCACCGCCGCACAAGAAGCUGUCAAAUUCAGAAGAAACGCAGGCUCAGCAAAGGCUUGUACAGACUGGAUAAUGAAGACAUUAUUAUCAAGCACAGGAUGAACCUGACUGACUCUCCCUGGUUGUCGAAUUCCUGGAAAUCAAACAGCUGCUCCAAGAGCUUCAGUCCUGGGAAUAGUCAGCCUCUCUGGCUCCACGGUCAGGAGAAACAAGCGGACUGGUCAACCGGUUCAUCAAUUGAGAAGGACCAGGGUUUGAGAGACCAAAACCCCUUGAUAUUACCCGAUAACAGUCUGUAUGGGACGUUCAGUGUUGAUAUUAAAGGAAAGGAUUUGAAGACGUUUAGCACGCCUCUCUCACAGAGAUCUACAAACUCGAGCUACACCAUCCAGGUGACUCCAAACCAGAGUCCUUUGCCAUUACUGAAAAACAACACCAACAGAAACAACAUCAACAGCUUUGGCCAGGAGGUCACAAAGCUACAAUGGAAACCAACACCCUACCGACAGGCCAAUCCAGAAUCGUGGGACAAAAACUGCAAUAACGAAAGUAACAGAUCUGUGAUCACUGUCGGUCGGAACCCAAUUACCAGUCCAGGAUUCAGCCGCAAAGGUGAUGAGAAAAAGGUGAUGAAGACUUUCUGUUCACCAAAGAUCCAGCAUCACAAUUUCAGACUCAAAUUGGUGGAUGCUCUCCCACCUCCACCACCUCUCCCAGUAGAGCAACGUCAGCACAUCCAUAGCACACAGCAAGGGUCAAGCAAAUCUAAGAAGCUGUCCGAAUCCAGCAUGAUGUCCGCAGGAGCACAGAGAGAGGGAAGCUGCUCUCCUCUGGAAGAUGAUGAGAUGUCCUAUCAGACCACAUGCUACAGCCGCCUGUCCACUGCCACCCUCUCACUGUCAGCAAACGACGGCGCGGACAACAGCCACCGGCCAGAACCAGUCGAUCAGUUCCUGGAGCUGACAGAUGAGGGUAACCUAAGGCACUUCACAGACAGCUCAUCCUCCUUUCAAAGACCUUUCUCGCCUCCCCACACGUAUGGGUACAUCUGUGGGCCACUGCCCUCCGACCUGGAAACAGAUGAUGCAGACUACGAUGAUGAGGAUGAUGACCUGGAUGUGGAGGUGGCCCGUGUGAACUCGCGCAGGUUCUUCCACAGACUUUGCCGCACUCCAACCUCCAGCAUCAGCGAGUGCGAGAGCUCCCUCGCUGGCUCGUUGGCCAAUGGCUGGGGCUCUGUCUCCGAGGACAAUUUCACCAGUGCCCGCUGCAGCAUGGUCAGCUCCUCCGAUGGCUCCUUCCUCAUGGAUGCCAACUUCGCCCAGGCCCUCGCUGUGGCAGUUGACAGUUUUUGCUUCAGUCUGAAACAAACGGAGAUGGCAACUCCUUACGCAGCUCUCCCUGCAGCCUCCUCUAUGCCUGCUGCCUUCUCUGAUGCUGGGCUAUCAUGUAAUCGCUCUGAAGGAUCAGAGGCCACAAGUGAACCUGGUCAGAUUUGGGAUUGGAAUAUGUCUUGGGCUGAUGAGAUAGAAGACAGAAUCUCCCAAAAGGAGGAAAUGGCAGCAAAGAAGCAGACUGCUACUGGAAAAGACCCCAGUGGACUCUUCAACAAAAUGUCAGACCAGCAACAACAGGCCACAUAUACCACUGAUGGAUACAACUCCAAAUUGGACAUCCAGGCAAACCCUGCGCUGAAUGCAGUACAUGUAUCAUUCGCAACAGUCGGAGCCCCGGUACACAAGAGUUUUGCUGUUCGGAGGAAAGUGGAGAAAGUUGGAUUAAUGAAUUUUCCAACAGAUACCAAUGGUCUUACCAUGGUUAAGGUCUAAGAACAUGAGUGGAUUGGAAUUCCUGACCCAUCCCUGUACAUACAGAAACCUACAGACAUCAGGAUCCAGAUCCAUAAGGAUGGCUGUUUGUAGGAUGGAGACAUUCCAAUGGUUAUCGAUGGGCACUUAGUCAUUUACAUUUUUACUCAACAAGACUGCACUUAUCAAAAUGGAGGAGGUUUCAACGUGUAGUCUGUGUAGCAUUUAUAGGGAACUUGGUAGUUUUGAACCACAAAGGGCCAGACAGCUAAACUUGCAACCUAUUCAAAAUCCAGAGCUACAAACAAAACAGCGAGUGUGUACAGUCAGAUUUUAGAAAACAGUGAUAUGAAGAGUGACUGACUGGAUCUAGACAUUGGUUUGUAGAUUGUGUAGAUAGACAUGUGAGGCCCGAAUGGGGGAGAUGAUUAAAUUCAAAAGUAAGGCUGUUGUUCUUGGAGUUUCUGAGUACGUGUACACAGACAUCCUGCCAGCAUACAUCAGCUUUUAACUUAUCUCAUUACUAAUUAAUCUAACACAUGUAUUUAAAUAAAACUGACCUUGAAAGCCAGUCUGGAGUGACAUUAAAAACUCAAUAAUAUACAUCAAAGAAGUCCAAAGUCUCAACGAUAUAAGGUCAGUUGAGACGAUGGUGUUGGAUGACAGCUCACCAAUAUCCAUUGCCUAUUAUUAGUCAAAGAUGAAAAUAGAUCAAAGCGGAUGGUUGAAAAAAAAAUCAUCACCUAACAAACUUGCGAGGCCCUUUCUCUGAAGACCUAGUAUUCGCAGUAAGUUACUUCCGUUCCGAGUGUAAAUCUAACUGUACUUAUUAUUUUCCUGAUAAAAAAAAACAUUUUAAAAAGAAAA